AAUAGUCAAUCAAUCAAGUUCCCCCAUUCUCAUAUUCAGGCAGCCUCUUCAAUCUUCAUCUUGUGCACAAUAUGGCAGCUUCAUCCAAUAAUAUUCAGGCUUUUCUGGCAAUUCUUUUGCUUCUGCUACCCAUGGCAGCAAAAGGAGAUGUUUCAGAUGAUAUGUGUGAAGUAGUGCAAUGUGGAAGGGGAAGUUGCGAGUCAAAUCCCAACGUCCCUUUUAACUUCUCAUGCAACUGCCAAGAUGGUUGGAGACAAACACGUCUUAAUGACGAACUAAAUCUUGAAUUCCUUCCAUGCCUCAUUCCGGAAUGCUCUCUUGACUACUCAUGCAUGCCAUCUGCGCCACCACCUCCACCGUUUCCCAACAAUUCAUCUUUAUCUAACCCAUGUGAUUAUAUCUACUGCGGAGAAGGCACUUGCGAGAGGGAUUCAACUUAUACGUACAAAUGCCAGUGCAAUUACGGUCAUUAUAAUUUGUUCAAUAUCUCGGCUUUUCCGUGUUAUAGCGAUUGUGCCCUUGGAUCGGAUUGCGAAAGGCUAGGAAUUCCGGUCUCUCGCACCACUACGAACCCAUAUGUUAACAAUAAUUAUGGUAAUCAAGGUACAUCGUUUUUGCCAAGAAAAAUGCACUGGGUGGUGAUUUCGCUUAUAUCCAUCGUUAUGUCCCUUUGGAAAUAGCCAUUUCAAAUUACUUAUCUAAUAAAUAUUCAAAGUUAUAUAUAACGUGUGGGACAUUGAUCAAACUACUUCAUAAAUGCACGUGUACAAAAGUUUGAUUGUAUAAAUAAUACUAAGUACAUGGUUUUGUAUAAUAAGUAUUUGUAAAAUUUAAAUGUGUUUGUUGA